UAGAAUUUUGACGAAUUGUUUUGUUUACAUUUUGUUUUCCCUUGGAGUCUGCAUAUAAAUUUGGUGCCUGCAUAUAAAAUAUUUGCGAAAUCUUACUGCGGAUAGCUUUGCCAAAACAAACUCGCCUAAUGAAGUCUCAGUUUUAAGUCGAUAAUGCAGUUUAAUUUCAUCUACGAACGCACCCCGAAAAAAACAUCGCAAAUGAACUGUCAAAAUUAUCAACCUCUAUUGCUUGUCAUAAUUCAUCACACGUGCGAUGUGCAAGACGAAAACAAACCAAUUUCUAUUCUUUAUAAAUUUUAUUUUAUAUUAAAAACACAAAUAAUGGGUAAAAAAGUAUUUAAUGCCAAAGCUCGGCAAUCUCACAAAACCACCAUCGACAAUUCCGAAGUCAAAAAAAUCAAACUUGAACUUGGCGAUUCAAUUGCCACUGCUUCAGGCUACGAUGAUGCAAAUCCUUUAGUUCUACCUUCUCAAAAACGUAAAACAAAAACCAAACCAGAAAUUAUCCAACACACAAAGAUUCUAACAAAAAAACAAAGGAAACGCUUGCAAACUAUUGUUGACAAAAAACGUAAAAAAGAAGAGAGAGCAUCUAUCCUUGAAGGUCUUGAAAAAGUUAAAAUAUCUCCUGAUGAAUUGAGUUUAUAUCAAUCAAUUAGUCAAGUUCAAACAAUCGGUUUAAAGAACUUUGGCAAUUUUGAUGCCAUUCAAGAAAAACAAAAACGAAAGAAAGAACAAAAACAACAAGAAGACGCCGCUGGCAGGGUAAGUAGCAUUGCUGGUAUAAACAAACGCAAACGAUUAGAACUUUUAAAAGGCUAUAAUGAUGCCGAUGAAAGCAAUAGCGAUGGGGAAACCCAGGCAAAAAAGAAGAAUCCAAAUGUAAUUGGGUUGGAAGGUGAUCUGUCCUCAUCGUCUGAUGAAGGAGGAGAGAAAGAGGAGGGGCCUAAAGAUGAUGAAGUUCUUCCUGAAAUCAAAAAAGAACCUGUUGUCAUUGAAAAAGAGACAAAAAUUCCAGAAAAACCAAAGGUUUCCUCCAAACCCGCUGUAUUUAUCCCUGUCAAUCGUGAUCCAGAGAUUCAAACAGCUCGUUUAAGACUACCAAUUCUUGCAGAAGAACAGACAAUAAUGGAAAUUAUAAAUGAAAACUCCAUAAUCAUUGUCGCUGGUGAGACGGGAUCUGGAAAAACUACACAAAUCCCUCAAUUCCUCUACGAAUCUGGUUAUGGCCAGCAUAAAAUGAUUGGAAUCACUGAACCUCGUCGUGUUGCUGCCAUAUCCAUGUCGAAACGUGUAGCUCACGAGAUGAAUCUUAGUGAAAAAGAAGUCUCCUACUUGAUUCGUUUCGAAGGCAAUGUUACAGAACAGACAAAGAUCAAAUUCAUGACGGACGGUGUACUUCUGAAAGAAAUUGAAUCUGAUUUCAUGCUUCAGAAGUAUUCUGUGAUUAUACUUGAUGAAGCUCACGAAAGGAGUGCCUAUACUGAUAUCCUAAUUGGUCUACUCUCCCGUAUUGUACCGCUCCGAGUGAAGCGUGGUAAUCCUCUGAAGCUUAUUAUCAUGUCAGCUACAUUGAAGGUGGAAGAUUUUCUGGAAAACUCGAAACUGUUUCGUCUACCUCCACCGCUUAUUAAAGUUGAAGCACGUCAGUUUCCGGUAACAAUUCACUUUCAAAAGACAACAGUUGAUAACUAUGUUGAAGAAGCCUAUAAGAAGACAAUGAAGAUCCAUUCAAAGCUUCCAGAAGGAGGGAUUUUAGUUUUCGUCACAGGACAACAAGAGGUCAACUAUCUGGUGAGGAAGCUUAGAAAAAUGUUUCCAUAUAAACCAGCAGUCGAGGAUAAACCUUUAACCUCCUCCUCUGCUGAAACAAAAGAAGAUUCUCCUGAGAAAGAAGUAGACAUUGAAGACGAUGAUGAAUUUGAUAUGAAAAAAGCGAUAAAGAAUGUCAAAAAGUCCAAGAAAAAGUUUGUUUCCCAGAUUUCUCUUCCCAAAAUCAAUUUGGAUGACUAUAAGCUUCCUAGCGAUGAUACUGAAGCUGAUCUGCAUGAAGACAUUGACGAAGCGGAGGAGGAUAUCGAUGAGGAAAACGAGGAAUCUGAUGAUGAGGAUGUAGGCGAGGAAUUAAGAACUUCCCAGCCACUUUGGGUGCUUCCACUCUAUUCCCUCUUGUCAUCUGAAAAACAAAGUAGAAUAUUUAGACCACCUCCUGAGGGAUGUAGACUGUGCAUAGUGAGUACGAAUGUGGCUGAAACUUCUCUCACUAUACCCAACAUUAAAUACGUAGUGGAUUCAGGAAGACAGAAGACCCGUCUCUAUGACAAAAUAACCGGAGUUAGUGCCUUCGUCGUCACAUUCACAAGUAAAGCAUCGGCUGAUCAGAGAGCUGGUAGAGCUGGACGUACGAGUGCUGGACAUUGUUAUCGUCUCUACUCCAGUGCGGUCUAUAACGAUGAAUUUGAAUCGUUUAGCACGCCAGACAUCCAAAAGAAACCAGUGGAUGAUUUAAUGAUGCAAAUGAGAUGCAUGGGAAUCGACAGGGUGAUCAACUUCCCAUUUCCAUCUCCACCAGAUGCGGUGCAGCUUCAAGCCGCCGAAUCUAGAUUGAUUGUGUUGGGAGCUCUCGGUCCUAAACAUAAUCCAGAAGAUCCAAAAUGUGUUCCACCUGUAACGAAACUGGGGCAUGUUAUAUCAAGAUUCCCGGUGGCCCCUCGAUUUGGCAAAAUGUUGGCUUUGAGUCAUCAACAGAAUAUGCUUCCGUAUACAGUUUGUUUGGUGGCAGCACUCUCCGUUCAAGAACUUCUCAUCGAAGUCGGUGGGAAUAAGGAAAAAGACGAUGGUAAUAAAUGGCAUCCACGUCGUCAGUCAUGGGCAUCGACAGGAAAUUUUGAACUUCUUGGUGAUCCUAUGGUACUCUUGCGAGCAGUUGGAGCUGCUGAAUACGCAGGAUCGAAGGGUGAAUUGUUAACAUUUUGUAAUGAAAAUGGAAUUCGACACAAAGCUAUCACAGAAGUUCGUAAAUUGCGUGUGCAACUGACGAAUGAGAUCAACUUGAACAUGGCCAAUGUCGAUCUCUGUGUAGAUCCUGAAAUGGUUCCUCCCACUGAUAAGCAAGCCAAGUUUUUGCGACAAAUUUUACUUGCUGGAAUGGGUGAUCGAGUAGCCAGGAAGGUACCACUCGAUGAUAUCAAUGACAAAGAACAGAAAAGAAAAAUGAAAAACGCAUACAAUUGUUUGGAAAUGGAGGAACCAGUUUUUAUGCAUUCAUCGUCGAUUUUGAAGAAAAAACAACCAACAUGGGUGAUUUACCAGGAAGCCUAUGAAACUAGAAGUGGUGAUUCAACAAAGCUUUUCAUUCGGGGUGUUACUGCAAUCGAACCAGAAUGGUUGCUGUUGUAUGUUCCGAGAUUGUGCAAUAUUCGUUCUAUUAAGGAGGAUCCUUUGCCGAAAUACAAUUCCGAUGAAGGAAAGGUGUAUUGUUUUGUGGAUGCGACUUUUGGAAAAGCUGCCUGGGAGAUACCGUUGGCUGAAGUGGAAAUGCCUUUAAGUGAAAAAGCAUGCUGUUAUUUUGGUAUGUUCUUUUUGAAUGGAGAUGUUUUUCCCAAACUCCAGGAUUUCAAAGCAAAACUUAAGGUCACACCAUCUUCGAUUACAAAGAGUUGGUCGAAUCUAAAUGAAAAUGUGACAAAGUUUAAGAGAGCAUUAUUCAUAAAAGAAAUUCAUUGUAGACAAGCGUUGUUAGAUGAAUGGGAGAAAGAUCCUAAUUAUUUGAUGCAACAAUACUGCGAUCUAUUAUUUGAGGUGACAAUGUCUGAUUUGGUACACAUAUGGCCACCUAUUGAAAAUGCUUGAUAAAUUAGGAAUUGUUUUCUUUUUUUUUAUUGUAGAUAGAUUUUAAUAAAAAUAAACACAAACGAGAGUGUAAGUUAUGUUAAUGUCAAAAAAUAGAUUUGCUUUCUUUCAU